UUAUCACAACACAACAGCACAACAACACAUCAUCUUCAUCUCAUACUGAAAACACACUCUCACUCUCACUGAAAUGGCCAAAUCAAGAUUCCCUUCUCCACCGCGGCUCCUCCUCGUCUUCGUCCUCUUUGCUAUCUCGCAACACAGCCACGCCGCUGCGGUGGGCAGAAAAGUGGGGGGGCGGAUGCAGGUGAGGAACGUGAGGGACAACAAGGAAGUGCAAGAGCUGGGGAGAUACUGCGUCAGAGAGUACAACGACCGUCACAUUCACAAGGCCAACGGUAGCGACAAGCUUCUGGUGUUCUCGCAGGUGGUGGAGGCGGAGACGCAGGUCGUCUCCGGGAUCAAGUACUACCUCAAGAUCUCCGCUGCCACGCUCGGAGGCGGGGGGCCGCACGAGACUUUUGAAGCGGUGGUGCUGGUCAAGCCGUGGCUGCAUAAGAAGGAUUUGCUCGACUUUGCGCCUUCUACUAAUAGCGCCGCCAACUAGGAUAACAUAAUUAUCAGAUUUUCCUAUUUUCUACUUUUUGUUGAGACUUUGUGAAUCGAGUACGGGUAAUAAUGGGUGAGCUUCUCCUCCUAA